UCGAACAAGUUGUGUACUGCGUGUGUACACAUCAAGUUAUAGGAUAAGAGAAUUUGCCAUCGUCGCGAUGAAUCAUCCGUCGUGCAUAAAAAUCCCUGGUUCCAAAGAAACUUUAAUUUGUCCAAGUUCGAAUGUAAGAGAUGUGGAUAUUCGCGAUCAGCUAUGCACUAAAAAUGAUCUUAUUUCAAUGGCAAAUGAAAUCUUUGGUGAAAACGAAUGGAAUCAUACAGUGACGAAUCAAACUUUAGAUUUUGUUGAAUACACCGCAAAUAAAUAUCAUGUCGGAUGCGCAGCCUUUGUUAAAGUUCAAUUACGUGACGGAACGAUUCACGAGGACUUAGGAUACAGUAACUCGGAGGGACCUAACAAAGGCGUAGUUAUAUUUUCAGCAAGAACUGGUUCUAUUACAAAUGCAUUGAAAAACACUCUGUUGUGCUUUGGUGGUGAUAUUACUUCAAAAAUUCGAAAUUAUAUCAAAACAAAAAUCGAGAGUUCAAUUUCAACCAUUUCUGAUAUUGGAGAACCACAAAAGAUUGUUCCCCCUAAGGUACGGAACACUCCAAAUGCUCAAUCCACACCCCAUAAAACACCAUCACCGAGGCGCGACAUGCCAACCAUUACACUCAAUUGUGAUAAUCGAGGGGUUUCAUCAGUUUCAAAUAAUGAAGAACCAAAAAUACAAUCACCAAAACAUCUCAAGUCAGUGGAAAACUGCGCUAAGGUUGAUAAAUCUGCAAUGACGGAGGAGGAACGAAGAUUGGAGAGAAAACGUCGACAAGCACAGAAGCAAGAAGAGUAUAAAAGGUCAUUGAAAGAAAUGGCACUUGGUGAGAAACCAAAUCCAAGAUUUUAAUUUGACAAAUUUCUACGGAGUAAUAACUUACUAAGCUGAGUGAUAAAAAAAUUUUUUUUUCAUUAAAUAUACAAUAUACAUUUUCUUAA